CCAGAAAACAAAGCGAAGUGGCUUGCCUUUGUAGCCCACUCCUUGUCUAAUGUCUCCUCUCGUCUCAUUGAUCUCAAUAUCUGAUCCCCUUUGCCCUUAUUUUCAACCGCCAUAUAUAACUCUCUCCCCAUAAAAUCCGGAAAAAAGCAAGAAAAAUAAUCAAUUUUUAAUGCAAGGAAUCAACAAUAGUACCAAUAAUAAGUACCGAAAAGAAUGCAAAACAAGAUCCACCUCGAACAUCCCUCCUUCCCUCUCCCGGUCUCAACCACUCUCUCUCUCCAUUUUCUCUCCUGAUACCAUUCAAUUCAAUGUUUUUCUACAGAAAUUGAACGAAACCCAGAUAAUAGAAUAUAGAAUCAGAGAUACGGAGAUACCCAGAAGAGGUCCAGAAAUUCCGACAAUUGGUGUUGAUUUUCAUUUAUGUUUAAUUUAUAAAGAAAAAAGAAAUAAUGAGAGAGGAGGAGUCAAACUGGUUUUCCAGGUGGGAGGAAGAGCUUCCAUCUCCAGAUGAGUUGAUAUCUCUUUCUCAGACCCUUAUUACCCCUGAUCUUGCCAUUGCUUUUGACAUCCGAAACCCUAACCCAUCUUCACAACCUCCACCAACACCACCACCACCUCCUUCUUCUCAACCUCACUCGGUCGAGUUCGACUCGGGCGAGUUGGGUUCCGGUGCCGCUGGCGAUGAACCGGCUCGGACCCUCAAGCGUCCACGCCUUGUGUGGACUCCUCAGCUCCAUAAGCGGUUCGUGGACGCAGUGGCACAUCUCGGGAUCAAGAACGCUGUACCGAAGACGAUAAUGCAGUUGAUGAGUGUUGAUGGGUUGACUCGGGAGAACGUCGCAAGUCAUCUCCAGAAGUACCGGCUUUACCUGAAGAGGAUGCAAGGACUUUCCGGUAGUGGCGGUGGUGGUGUUGGGGCGGCGGGGUUACCUCCCGCUGAUCCUGCGACGGAUCAUUUGUUUGCCAGUGCUCCUGUUCCGCCUCACUUCUUGCAUCCAGCGCGGCCGGCAUCUGAUCACUUCUUGCCGUUUGUACCGGUCACGUUGCAACAUCAUCAUCAGCAGCAGAUGGCGGCAGCUGCCGUGGCCGCAGCGCAUCAACACCACCAGCAGCAGCAACAGUUCCAUCAUAGGCAGGUGGGACAUUUUGGGUCGCCACCGGGUGGUCAAUUCGAGCAUGGGUUUCUGACGCGGCAGCCGCAGCCGGUGCACAGGAUGAUGGCACCUAUUCCAGGUCAACCGCCGGCUUAUGUAGAGGAUUUGGAAUCAGCAACUGGAGGAGGAGGAGGAGGAGGAGGAGGAGGGAGGAAGGUUCUUACUUUGUUCCCUACUGGGGAUGAUUGAAUUUUGAACCCGUUCCAGUUCUAGGUGCUUUCUAGUGAUUAUUGUAAGUGGCUAGUGCCAAUCCAGUUGUUCUUGGUAGUUUAGAAUCUCAUAAAAUGUAAUCAAAUUGUUGGUACUGGUUAUUGUACUCAUUGCUAUGGUGACUGAUAUUGGCCAUAAUGUCACUUUAGGUAUGGGUAAUAAUUGGCAUUAAUAAUGGUGUUAUUGUUUUUAGGUUGGUGAGUUUUUUCAGCGAGUGGUUGUCUGUGCUAUUAUUUGUUAAACACGUUGACUUUUGGGCGUCUCUGCUGUUUGGUGGUGUCAGUACAAGUACUGCUGUCUUGGAAUUGGUCUUCUUAAUGAUGGAGAAGCUGGUGAUAAAUGUGUCAAGGGCAAUUUUCCAAGCAUUGAGCUCGUGGGUAGAUACUGAUGAUGGAUAGUGCAAUCUAUUUCUUAUAGAGGCUUCAGAAAGAGGGUGGUAUCCUUGUCCAAAGCAUUUUCUACAUAGUUUAUGGGACAUUCCCAGGUAGCUUUUAUUUGUAGGUUAAUUUUUCUUUUGUUUCUUAAUUUGUUGUAUGUAGAGCAGAGGAAUUUGAACCAUGGAAUUGUGUCUUCGUGCUGUAAAUUCUUUGGUUUGAUGUCAGUAGGAGAUCCCAAUAUUAAGGGGAGCUUGUCAGAAAAUUCUGAUGUUAUUAGAAUAUUAAAUGUAUAAGAAUGAUAAAAUAAGUCCCAUUUAUCUGAACUGGAUGAUAUUCAAUACUCUUUCUGUUUCUCUUGUGUCGUUGUGUAUAUUUCCUUCAUGAAUUAUAAAAUGAAGUCAAUGGGAAUUUCGUUUUC